AUGCCCACACAAACCUCCACCAAUAGAUAUGUUCCAUACAGAAGUGCUCAAUAUAAAGGAAAAACAUAUAUUUAUAUGGAAGGAGACGAACCGGACGAUUAUCUUCGUUAUAUAUCUUCUUCUGAUAUUACUUCUUCAUCAGAAAGUGAAUAUGAAGAGAUGGAUAUAAAUGAUAUAUAUCCCUAUAAAUCACCUAAAUAUAAAACGUUGAUCGAAGUUGUUUUGAAACCUAGCACAAGUGGUACCACAAAUAAUGCUGAAAAACCAUUUAGUGAUGAUACACCAAAUGAUGACAUACAUAGUGACAAACCUAGUCAUAUACCAAGUGAUAUACCAAGUGAUAACAUAUCUAGUGACAAACAUAGUCAUAUACCAAGUGAUAUACAAAGUGGUGACAUACCUACUAAUACACCUAUUAGUGAGGAAGAAUGGAAUGAAUUAAAAAAGGAUUUUAUCUCGCAAUAUUUACAAAAUAUACAAAAGGAUUUACCUAAUGAAAACAAAAGUGGAAAUACUUUUAUGGACUCACAACCUAAUAUUUUACCAAAUAAUAUGGAAGAAAAAC